AUGAGCCUGAGCUGCAAGGAAGCAGUUAGCUUGCUUGGUAAUACAGCUAAAUAAGCUAGCUAGUUAAAUGAGGAAUUAGUAAAAAUGUGCGAGGUGUAAUAUGCUUGUUUGGUAGCUAAUUAAAUCUGCUUUGUUGUAAACGUAGCACAGCAUUCUAGCUAUGUUGUAAGCAAUUUUCUGAUUCUUUCUUACCUGCCUGAUUGAUUAUGGUUAGUCUAUUUGUAUAGCAAGGAAGCUAACUAGCCGCAUUUCUAGCUAUAAAUAUUAUGUGUUUGUCAAUGUAGCUAAUAGCUAGCUGUGGUAUUUUAUAGACUGAUAACAGAAAAAGCGACUGUUUGUGUUUAGCUAUUUUUGUAUGUGUUUUCUCGUCCACUUGAGUUAGCUAGCAGUGCUUAAAUGAACCGGAUAGCUAGAUUUUAAUUGUGCAUAACCAACUGGAUAAAUCAUUUAACUCGGAUUCGGACGGUCUGUUGAAGCGUACGAACUAGCAUCAUUGACUGGUAGUUGAUGGUAUUAGACUUGGAUAUCUAGCCAUCUCAUGUUAAUGUCUGUAUUUCUAGCUACAUUUUAGUUAGUUAGCCAGCCAGCUCGUGUUACCUUCCAGAAUGCGAUUGUGGUUGCGUGGCAGUGAUGCUGUGAUGUGCCCAUUUCGAUUCCUAUUCUAAGUUAAACAAAACAGGUUUCGAAUACAGUCUUAUCGCUAUUACGAUCUGGUUCAUUCAAAUAUAUAGACAUAUUUAAUUUGACUAUAAUACGGAAACAGACUGACAAUUCCUUUUUACUGAUAAAUGAGUUCGCUUGCACGGCUAUACUUAGCCAGUUCAUUCAAUCUGUUAGUCAGUAAGAAGGGGCGGAAACUGAUGAUCAAGUGGCCAAGGACUGCUCUGUGAGGAAGCUAGCUCAACUUCCCGUAACUUUUAAAAAGUUACUCCAUAGUCGAUUACGAACCAAUUCCAAAAUGGAAGAGGAAAUAUUUCAACGACUCAUGUAUGUCCUUAAUCAACUGGUCUCAUGGAUCGCCGCUGGUGCCAUGGUAUUCGGCGGAGUUGUUCCGUACAUCCCCCAAUACAGGGACAUCCGAAGAACUCAGAAUGCCGAAGGGUUUUCCACGUAUGUGUGCCUUGUCCUGUUGGUGGCCAACAUUUUAAGAAUAUUGUUUCGGUUCGGGAGGUACUUCGAGACCCCUUUGCUGUGGCAGAGCAUCGUCAUGAUCGUCACCAUGCUGGUCAUGCUCAACCUGUGCACCAACGUCCGUGUGGCCGCCGAACUCAACACCAAGCGCCGCUCCUUCAUAGCAACAGACAGUAAGGACGAGGACGUCAAAGUCCCUAAGAAGCUCUUUCUGGACUUUGACUUUAAGUACUUCUGGCUGUGGAGCCGCUUCACCGAUUACCUGCAGUGCGUCCUGGCCUUCACGGCGGUCGCCGCCUACAUCACCUACCUCCUCCUGGACUCCUUCCUCUUCGUAGAGACCCUGGGCUUCCUGGCAGUCUUCACCGAGGCCAUGCUGGGGACACCGCAGCUCUACUGCAACUACCAGAACAAGUCCACCGAGGGCAUGAGCAUCAAGAUGGUGUGCAUGUGGGCCAGCGGGGACACCUUCAAGACGGGCUACUUCCUGGUGACGCAGGCGCCCGUGCAGUUCUGGAUCUGCGGCCUGCUGCAGGUGUUCGUGGACUUCGCCAUCCUCUUCCAGGUGUACUACUACAGCCGCUACCCGCAGAAGCCCGUCUCCCACACUGCCCACUCCACCAGCGCCAAGGCCCUCUAAGGCGACGCUGGAAUGUGCCGGAAGCCGGCGGGACACGCCCGAACCACAGAUGUUUCCU